GCUGAAGGAACAGCAGGUCUACACCAUUAAAAACUUUGAGCUUCACACGACCCAACUGAAAUAUCGCCCCAUUGCCAAUACAUAUAUCAUGUCGUUCUCCCGGAAGACUACUGUUGAGCAUGUUCCCGAUGUCCCUUCCAUUCCUGCCUUCAAAUUCAAAUUCCUCAAAGCAAGUGAGAUGGCAUCUAAAUUGAAUGAUGUGGUCGUCCUCUCAGAUGUUGUUGGGCAAGUAGUACAGCACUCGGAUGCCAUCAAGACAACGAAUCUUGCUAGGAAAACCAUUCGGAAGGAGCUUCAACUGAAACUAAUUGAAGGGGAUGUUGUCAAAGUUAUUAUCUGGGGAAGAGUUGUAGCUGACUUUGAUAAGUUGAUCAAGCCUGGUGAUGAUGAACAAGUCAUACUGGUUGUAACUGCGGUUUCUGUCAAACCCUUCCUAGGUGAACUUUGCUUUAAUUCUUCGGGUUCAACAGUGUUGUAUCCCAACCUUGAUAUCCCAGAAGUAAAGGCUUUCACAACCAGGAAUGUGCAACCACAGCAGCCCGUGUUUGUUGAAUUACCCCCACCCCCCUUCAUCCCUAAUAUUACUCUAUCGGAAUUGCUGGAACUUCAAUUGGACCCUGAUAAUGAGGAAUGUGUGUAUGCUGUUGAAUGCAUAGUCGUAGGAAUCAAGCCAUUUUGGUGUUAUAUGGGCUGUCCAACCUGUGUCCUUAAACCCAUAGAAAGACAUGGAGAAUACUACUGUGUCAAAUGCAACAAGCCAACACCAACAAGAGCUGCCAAAUAUCGUAUACAGCUU